AUGAUCACUACGUUUGAAAAUCUUCCUAAUGAAGUAAUAACUAAUAUAAUCGAAUAUAUUUCAUCACCUAAUGAUAUCUAUCAUGCUUUUGCUGGACUUAAUCAACGAUUUGAUAUAGUUCUUGAAUUUGUUCGUUUGAGUAUUGAUAUUUUUCGAGAAAAUAAACAAAAUUUAAUGUUAGCUCAUUAUUUUUCAACGAAUUGUGAUCGUUUACGUCUAUAUAAUAUUUGUCCAUCGAUUAAACUAAUUCGAUUUUUACGAUUACGUUCAUUAACAAUGGUCGAACCGGCUGAAUCGCAAUCUAAUUCAAUUCAAUCAAGAUCAUUACCAAUGCUUGAAUAUCUUACUGGUCCUGCUACUAUGAUUAUCUUUGAUUGUUUAUUUGGUAACGAACACCAACGAUGGCAUUUUCUUCGUUCUUGUAAUUUUUUGUUUUCUCCCCUUCCUAAUUUAAAAACAACAUGGCAACCUAAUUAUAAUCUUUGCACAUUAUCUGGUAUCACAUGUUCACGAACGAUACUUAGUCAACUUCUAGUACUUGUUCCUUCUAUUAAAUAUUUACAUAUAGAUAUGCUUUCUGAUGAUCAUUCAAAUUGGAUUACACCAAUAAAUAUCAAAAAUCUUGUAUCAUUACGAAUUGGCUUUUCACGUUUAAUUUAUGAUGAUAUUUCUUAUUUAAUUGGUCCGAAAUUACAUCGUUUAUAUUUAGAUAUUUAUAAUAAAAGUAUUUCGAUUGAUUUUGCUAAUUUAGCUGCUUUUCUUAUAUCUAUACCACAAAAAUUAAAACAAUUCAAUUGUGAUUAUCCAGGAUCGAGUGUUAAUAUAAACGAAAUUAGAGUCAUUCAUCCACUUUUUAGAAAUAUGGAAGUGGUUCAUGGGUAUUCAAACAAUUUUAUCAAAUUAGUUUGUAAAAAUAUGGAACCAUCUGAAGACCUAAUGUGUCGAUUAUAA